AUGGGUAAUUGCCUGACUUCAAAAGCAAAGCAGCCUGCAUGAGUAUCUCCAAAGGGCAGGAGUAUUGGCUCAAGAUCAAACAAAGAAAAGAGGAUGAGUUCCCUCAUGCUCGACCUGACUCCUCUCAAUUCUGAGACAAUUUAUGAUAAAAAUGAGAAAAUUCUGAACGAGACUUUCAAAGAUAAUGGGCAGACUGACUUCCUUGACAUUAUCGGCCGUAAGAAGAAAACUAAAGAUAAAUUAAGCAGCUUUGAGAUUUUAAAAUAAGCUUGGCAAAGGGUCUCUUGGACAGGUAAUCCUCGUCAGGUAUAAAGAAGACGGGCAAAAAUAUGCAAUGAAGUCCAUCCACAAGCCUAUUACUAUUGAUGAUGAAAUGCGUGAUCAGAUUAUUGAGAAAAGACACUUAUUGCUUAGUCUAAACCACCCUUUUAUCGCAUCACUGAAGUUUUCCUUCCAAUCAAAAUGCAACUUAUUCUUUGUUUAUGAGUAUCUGGAGGGAGGCACAUUAAAAAGUAUGAUAAAAAGGGAAGGCAAGCUUCAUGAAAAUGCUGCUAAAGCCAUCCUUGCAGAGAUUAUCCUUGCCCUUGAAUACUUGCAUCAGAUAGAAGUUGUCUGUGGCGACCUUACCUCACAGAAUAUCCUGUUUGAUAGUAAUAAUAAUAUCAAGCUAACAGACUUUAGCUCGACUAGACUUGUUUUUAAGCAGGAUGAGUCCAACUACAUUAUGGAUUCCAUCAAGUAUAUGGCCCCUGAGUCGAUAAAGGAUGAUCAAACAACGUAUCUAUCGGACUGGUGGACCCUUGGAAUCAUCCUAUAUGAGAUGCUCUUAGGGAAGUUACCCUUUGAAGAAUCUGGCCUAUCCCAGGUUCUCAAAUCUGUCACAGAAGAAGAUAUUAAAAUCCCUGAAGAUUCAUGUACCGUGGAAGCCAAGGAUUUGAUCCAGAGUCUCCUGAAGAGAGAUCCUCAUGAAAGACUUGGCCAAGAUGAUUCAGGGGAUAUUAUGACGCAUCCUUUCUUCGGAAAAACAAAUUGGUCUAAUGUGAUCAAGCGCAAGACCAAAGUUGAAGAGCUUGAGAUUCUUGACGAGCAAUCUGAGUUAUACAAAUCGACAGGUGUGUCCAAACCUGAGUCAACCCUCCUUGCAGAAAACCACAAAUUCGAUGAACUCUCUAGGUGAGAAAACCUUAUGCUUACAGUUGAUGGUUUCAGCUACAAUGGAGGCAGUGCCCUGGCAUUAAGCUCUGAUAGAAACAGCCCGAAGAAGUCCUCCAGAACGAGCCGACAAAAAUAUAAUUAAUUAUGAUUUUUAAUAACUUCAAUCCUUC